GUCAAAGAAAUUCCUAAACUUCGUUGAAAGCUGCCUUGUAAAACAUUAUUUGCAUCGUCCAUCCACUGAAACCUUGCUUAAGCAUUCCUUCAUCCGAGACAUGCAGAACGAACGGCAAGUGCGCAUCAUGCUGAAAGAUCACCUGGACAGGACCAGGAAGAAAAAAGGAGAAAAGGAAGAAACGGACUAUGAUUACAGUGGAAGUGAGGAGGAAGAUGAUGAGCUGAAUGAAGAUGAAGGAGAACCAAGCUCCAUAGUUAAUCUCCCGGGAGAGUCAACUCUCCGUCGUGAAUUUCUGAGGCUGCAGCAGGAGAACAAAAACCGUUCUGACCCUCAUCGUCAGCAGCAGCAGCUGAAGGACCAGGAGAAAUACAAGAAACAGCUACUGACAGAGCGACAGAAGCGGAUUGAGCAGCAGAAAGAGCAGAGGAGGAGGCUGGAGGAUCACCAGAGGCAAGAGCAGGAGCUACGAAGGCAACAGGAGUGUGAGCAGAGGUGGCCAGAGGCGAAGGCCAGUCAGAGGAAAGAGGAAAGGAGUAAAGAUGACAAAAGAGCUGUGGAAGAUGAACACUUCAUAGUAGAUGGACAGAGGAUAUUAGAAAAGAAGCAGAAGAUGGAAGAUGUGCAGCACAACAGGAAGGUGCAUCGAACUCUCCCCAAAGACCAGACACAGCUUCUGUCUCUCCAGCAUGACCACAAGCAGAAGAAGAAGGAGUCUUCCAGGAAUUCAAAUACACCAGUGCAUCCUCUGUCAAGCAGCACAAGCAAAGAG